AUGGCGGAGCCGGCGCCAGACUGCAGCGCGCUGCUGGACGAGGAGCUCUCCUCCUUCGUGUUCAGCUAUCUCACUGACAGCCAGUACGAGGUGUCCGGCGAGGAGCACCUUUACUCCGAUUUCCCUGAGAUUGACCUGUCCCCAUUGGACGCCAGUGACUUUGACUCUGCCAGCUGCUUCAGCGAGCUGCAGUGGUGUGCCGAGCACUCCGAGACCGAGUCCAGCCAGUACAGCACAGACGACUCCGAGCUCCUUCAGAUAAUAGACAGUGAGAAUGAAGCCCUGCUGGCAGCCCUCACCGAAACCCUGGAUGAAAUACAGGAAGAUGACAUGGGCCUGGCUGCCUUCCGCACUAUGGAAGAAAGGGAUGCGCCCAACCACACCUGUGCCUCGCCAGCCCCUCCCCCCAAACCAGUCGCCCCCACCCCGGGGGGGCCCCCUUUGGCCCCUGAGGUUGAUGAGCUGUCUCUACUGAAGAAGUUGCUUCUUUCUCCGUCCCACGGGCCUCCAAGCUGUGAGGCUCAGAGAGAAGGGAGUGCACGACGCCAGGGCCCCCCAAAAUCCAGACCCCAGCGACCCUGCACAAAGGCGGAGGGUCCCCGGGACAGAAAGUUGAGCUCUCUCCAAGCUCAGAGUCGGAGCUGCACAGAGCUGCACAAGCACCUCACCUCCACCACACGCUGCCCACAGACCAAAGCCACCUGGCCGCCGGACGAGCACCAAGGCAGCAGCAGCCGCUCCCCUCUGAGUCACUCUGCGCACAGUGGAGACGACAGCGACUCGAGCGAAGACUCGCUGAGCUCCAGUGAGGUCCCGGUGACUCCUCGCUCCUCCAAGGACGGCACCAGCGAUCAAUUGGCCAGCGAGAAGGCCAUGCACACCGUGGUGAAGCUCAUCCGCUACAUGCAUACCUACUGCCUUCCUCCGAGGAAGCUGCCUCUCAGAGACCCUGCAGAUGUGAAGCACCAGCACUGUAACAGCCCUUACAAGAGAGCAAAGCCAGACUGCCCUUUGCAGAUACCUCCCCUUUGCAGCCAGGAGAGCCGGACAGCCUGCACCUUGCAAACAACAGCCAGCUGCAAGAAGCCUAGAGCCAAAUGGCCUGAGUUCUCCAUCCUGAAGGAGCUACUGGCCCGGGACCUGCUGUGUGAUGUGAGCAAGCCGUACAGAUUGGCCAAACCCGUGUACGCUUCCUUGGUCAGGCCUCAUGGCUCCAAGUCUCCUGGAGCAUCUGCUCAGGAGGCUGAGGGCUCUCCUGGGAAAUAUCAGUCCAGAGCCAAAAUGCCUCUGGAGAAAGCAGAGCUAAGGCAAAGCCCCAAGGCCGAGUCCGAAGCCAGGAGAGAGACCAGCAGCCCAGAGGAUGCCACUGGGAAUCAUGUGGCUCUCCCAGCCCAGCAAACCUCAGGGAAAGUGGGACGGAAGCAGGAGAGCACUAUUUAUGCUGUCCGGCGCUCCAAGAGACUCAAUCCUGAGCUUGGCCACUGGCUGUCAUUUCUUGAUGAGCCUCCCCCAGAGCCAUCUGUCCCCAGAGAGGCAGCAGAGAGCCGGGCGAAGGAUGCUCUCGCCUCCCGGGAGCCCGCAUUGUGCCCAGCCCUGGAGAACUUGGAUGCAGAAGAGCCAGCGGCAGAGGUGGAGGUGGGUGGCACAGACGAGGGGGACAGCAGAUGUCAAAACCACCCAGAGACCCAGACCCUCCUGCUGGGGAGCCCGGUUGAGGGGGAAGGAUGUGAGGUGGAUGAGAGCCAGCACUGCACCCCGUUGCAUGAAACAGAAACACCCACGUGUCUCACGCUGUCCUUGGCACAAACUGAUCCUUCAUUUGGGAAGAGGAACUUUGAGCAGGUGCUGACUGUAGAGCUGUGUGGGACAGCAGGUCUCACACCGCCUACCACUCCGCCGUACAAGCCUGCUGAGGAGGACCUGUAUAAGCCGGACAUUCCCCAUGGGUCAGCGAAGGAGGAAGCCACCAUCACCUCCUCCAUCCCAGGGCCAAGAACCUCAGCAGUGGCAGUCGAUGUGGCAGCCUCCAGGAAACUCAUGAAGAAGCACCCAGAGCGAACAGAGCUUUACGCACACCUGAGCCGAGCUGCCGUGCGCCCUUCCUCCUCGGAGCAGCAGGGGCUGCUGAAGCGGCCAUUUUCUCGCUCUUUCGGGGACCACGACUACUGCCAGGUGCUGAAACCCGAGGCCACGCUCCAGAGGAAAGUGUUGAAAUCCUGGGAGCCCCAGAGCCACGUGGAGGGUGAGCACAAGCGAAGAGUGCCGGAUGCACACUAUCAGGGGUCAGGGAAGGGUGAGGCCCUGUGGAAGGAGUGCAGCAAACAGCUCAGAGACCAGGAGAUCAGAGCCAGCUUAACCAAGCACUUCGGCUUCCUGGAUAGCGCCCUUGAAGACGAGGACACAGCCUUCUGCAAGACCCCCGAGUAUGACACUGUCUUCGAAGAUAGCUGCAGUGAGAGCAGCUCGCCCGUGGAGGAGGAGGAAGAGGAAGAACAUUGCGAGCGUCCAUUGCGCAGGAACCCACUUGCCAGGUCCAGUUUGCACCACUGUUCCCGGAGCAGAUCCAGUUCUGGGUCUUCAUGCUGCAGGUCCAGGUCUCCAGCAAACAGACGGACUUUCAGAUGUGAAUACAGCAAGCAGUGUCAAGGGGGAAACGCGAGCCAGGACCAGAUUGAGAAGAGACGUGACAAGGCCAUUGGUGAAGGCCGGGUGGUGUACAUCAGAAACCUCUCCAGCAGCAUGAGCUCCAGUGAACUGAAGAAACGCUUCGAAGUGUUUGGGGAGAUCGUCGAGUGUCGGGUUCUGACCAGGAAUAACAGGGGGGAUAAAUAUGGCUUCAUCACCUACCGGUGUUCGGAACACGCCGCCUUAUCGCUGAAGAAUGGCGCCUCACUGAGGAAGAGGAACGAGCCCUGGUUCCAGCUGAGCUACGGUGGCCUCGGCAACUUGUGGACCAGAUACACUGACUUGGAUUCCAAUGUGGAGGAGUCCUCCCCGGCUCCAGUGAAAAGCAAGUACGAGACCAUGGAUUUUGACAGCUUGCUGCAGGAGGCCCAGCGAAGCCUGCAUCGAUAA